AUGUAUAGCGAGGCACGAAAAGCACUUCGUCGUCGUCGUCAGCUUUAUAAUCACGCGGUCGCGUUAAAAGAGGUGAUCGCGGAGGAGAUGCGGGCGGAGGUGGCGCGUGAUAGCGUGGAUGGCGCCGCGGCGGUCCCUCCUCUUCCUCCUGCCGGUUGGGCGGUGCAUCAUACCCCGGGUUCGGGGUUUUUCCUCAUGUCUACCACGCUGAAACCCCCUUCCGGAGAUCCGAGCAAGGAAGGAGAAGAUAGAGAUGAAAACGAACCUCGAUAUCGUAGCAUUCACGACGAAAACCUUCAGCACCUUCUGCAGCGCGCGCAGCACGUACGAUCCCCCGCUUCUUCUUCUUCUUCUUUUCCCACGCGUUUCUUGCGCGAGGGUGGAUCGCGCGUGGAGGUGGUUCGUUCACAAACGCACCUCACACUCUUCGCGCCGUUUCGCGUGCAGGAUUUGUCGUAUUACGAUCCCGCCGUUUCCAUCUGUGAGUGGGCGGCCUUUGACGUGCUCGUGCGAAAGACGCCCCCAUCCCACACAUCUACUUUGCCUUCUCGUGAUGAAAUCGAUCGCCAAACGGAGCAUUCAAUGCAUUCCAUUCCUGAAGAAACUAGUGAUAAUCCUUCGAGAAUGAGGGAAAAUUGGGGGGGAGAAAGGGGGAGUCCACGCGAUCGGGUGUUGCUGCGUGGGCAGCAGCGGGUGUGGGAGCAGCGGGAGUGUAUGUAUCUCCGCCUCGCCUCGGUGAACAGCGAGCUACGAAUUCGAUCCGUGCAAUUUCUCUCCGCCCGCCUCGCCCGCGCGAUGGAGGAGUUUGCCGUUUUCGGCCAUGGGGAUCCGUUUUUUGGGGGGCUUCUUCGAUCGUUUAACGCGCUUCAACCCCGCCAUGCCGGGUUUCAGGGAAGGAAAGGAAAGCGGCGAGAGGGGGGAGAGGGAGUGGUGGCCGGCGUGGGCGAAUAUGACGCCCCGAUGGAUCGUUGGCGGCAGCGUAAACGCGAAACGGCGGCGGGCGGAGAAAAAGGCACCUCCUUAAACCUCCCCUUCUCAUCCCCCCCCUCCUUUUUGCCUUCUCUUUCUUUGUUAACCUAUCCGAGGGAAAAGCUGCUGAUGGAGUGUUGGAAUUACACCGGGGAGGUUGCCCGGACGCUCGCGUACGGCGGCCCGUAUCUCACGGACCUCUCCAAGGAGCUUCAUGACGCCUUUUUGACGUACCUCAUGUCGGAUCUUCGAAUUAAUCACACCUUGGCGGAGUACGUCUGCCAGAUGCAGUUCUUUCUCGAGCAAGAGGAGUAUAUGGGAUGGCUUGCGCGUUGGCAGGUAAUGGCGGAUACCCUACAACGAGCACCGCGCGAUCACCCAUAA